GACGUUUUCCUACAGAAAAAACAAACAGCACACCUUACUGGUCUUGCAUAGGACCAGUCCUAAUUUACUCCGUUUUCGUCAAUAUCAUAAACCCUAAAUUCAACACAUUUGAUACUUGAGAAAGAAGAAGAAUCAUGAGUAGCUUUCGAUUUGAUCUGCUCGUUUUACUAGUAUUUUCCAUGCAUUUUGCCCCUGCACUUUCCGAUCUGGUCAUCUCCAAGCUUGAUCGACGGAUUGAUCUGACUUCACAGAUUGUGCGGGUGACAUUGACCUUUAAGGUGGAGAAUACGGGUACUGAUCCAGUUUCGGAGGUAUCUUUGACCUUUCCCGAACACCAAGCAAAUAAUUUAGCACUUUUGGCUGCUGUUAGUACCGAAGGAAAAGGAAAAACAAGAGGUGCAGCUACCAAUCUACCAAUCAAGAUCAAACAGCCUGAUGAUUCACCGCCAUCGUUAAUUUGGUAUGCUGCAUCUCUGCCCAAGGAACUGGGUAAAGGAGAAAGCUUAAACAUCGAUGUUUUGGCGGUUUUCACCCAUGUGCUGCGACCAUUUCCCGAGAAAAUCACUCAAGCUGAAUCCCAGCUCUUCUUAUUCCAGGAUAGUGCACAUUUUACAUCGCCGUAUAAUGUUAAGGUCCAGUCGCUUACUGUUAAACUUCCAAGUGAAAGUGUCGAAUCUUAUACAAAACUUGAAAACACCAAGUUUUCUGGCUCGGAGAUUAAGUAUGGUCCUUAUGAGAAACUUGCUGCUUUUUCAUACUCGCCGGUAAUUGUACAUUUUCCAAGUAACAAGCCGUUUGUGGUAGCAAAAGAGCUGGUGAGAGAAAUAGAAAUCUCACAUUGGGGCAAUGUACAAGUGACUGAACAUUAUAACAUAAUCCAUGGUGGUGCUCGGAGCACGGGUGAAUUUUCAAGGCUGGACUUCCAGGCGAGACCACAUGUGCGAGGUGCAUCAGCUGUUAGAAAUCUUAUUGCCAUGUUACCACCAAGAGCCCAUUCUAUCUACUACAGAGAUGCCAUUGGCAAUAUUUCAACGUCUAAUAUAUAUGCCGAUUCAAGCAAAACACUAGUCGAACUUGAACCUCGAUAUCCUAUGUUUGGUGGUUGGAAAACUUGUUUCACCAUCGGUUAUGGUUUACCCCUUCAAGACUACCUGUUUCAGUUAGGGGGGACCCGCUUCUUAAAUAUUACUUUUGGUUCACCCAUGAAUGACGUGCUCGUAGAAAACCUUACGUUAAAGGUUGUUUUGCCUGAAGGGUCAAGAGAUAUAUCUGUUUCAGUUCCAUUUCCUGUAAAACAGUCACAAGAGACAACAUUUUCUCACUUGGAUAUUGCUGGUAGACCCACAGUUGUGGUGGAAAAGGUUAAUGUCGUGCCAGAGCAUAACCAAUAUUUCCAGGUUCACUACAAGUUCAGCAAUCUUUCGUUACUUACAGAACCGUUGAUGUUAAUAUGUGGGUUUUUCUCCCUAUUUGUUGCUUGCAUCAUCUAUAUGCAUGCCGACUUCACCAUCUCAAAGUCUUCUGCUUCAUAUAUAGCAAAACUGCAAUGGGAUGAGGUGCAGGGUACUAUUCAGCAGCUUCAAGAUAUUAUCAAUCGAUGUCUAUUAAUCCAUGAUAAGCUAGAAGCUUCACUCAGAGAACUUUCUAGAACGGGUGAUGUACAAGCUAGUAAAGCAGUCCGCAAGUCCGCUGACGCUUUAUUGAAGGAUUUUUCCAAAGAAUCAAAGCCCCUUUUGGCUAUCCUACAAUCUUCCCCACAAGCUGCACAUAUAUUACCCAAGGUGGAAGAGUUGGUUGUGAAGGAGAGAGAUUUACAAGAAAAGAUUAUGCUAAAACACACAAUGGUGGUGGACUCUUAUGAGAAAAAAUCCGGGGGACGGGAUAUUGAAAACCGUGUAGCUACAGUCCAGCAAAAGAUCUCUGUGUUAAAGCAAGAAGUUGACGAUCUUCUUGAGUUUAUUGAAGAUAUUUAAGCGAAUUAUGCAUAGGUGGAGACGCCCGGGGUCAUCUAAGUUCGUCAUCAUUUUCUUUGUAAUUUUUGGAAAACGAUAUUAGGACCCUCGUAUUGUAGUCCGCAGAGAGGAAAACUUUAUUUUUACCGUGAUCAGGAAGUACGCGCUCGGACAACAUAUGUGCCUCUUUCGUAGAAACUUGAUUUUUAUACUAAAUGACUUUAGUUUUUAGUAAUGCUGAUUUGCUUGAAUA